AAACGAUCGACCCCUUGGCAAAUCUCCAGCAGUCAUGGAUCUCUCACCCAUUACGGAAGCUUUAGCCGUCAAAUCCUUUGAUAAAAUCGCCGAUAUCUGCGACAAUCUCAUGCUUCAGGUUGCUUCCGAAGGAAUCUCAUUCCAUGAUGACUGGCCUUACGCAAUCCAUCUUCUCGGUCACUUCUACGUUGACGACUGUGAUAGUGCCCGUUUCCUGUGGAAAACAAUACCUCCAAGUGUGAAGGAGAGCAAGCCUGAAGUUGCUGCUGCUUGGAGGAUUGGUCAGAAGCUCUGGACACGUGACUAUCCUGGUGUUUAUGAAGCUAUUCGGGGUUAUGACUGGAGUCAAGAAACUAAAGAUAUGGUUGCUGCAUUCUCAGACGUUUACACAAAAAGGAUGUUUCAGCUUGUGUUGUCUGCCUACUCCACAAUUACCAUCCGCGAUUUGGCUCUUUUCCUAGGGAUGACAGAAGAUAAUGCCACAACUUAUGUUUUGGAGAAUGGAUGGACAGUGGAUGCGGCAUCUCAAAUGGCGACUGUGAAGAAGCAAGCUGUUAAAAGAGAGCAAAAGGUGGAUUCAUCGAAGCUGCAACGCUUGACAGAGUAUGUGUUCCACCUUGAACACUAAACUCUCCUAUUUUAGCGAAAACUAAAACGGCCAAACCAUAUUCUGUUUCAAAGAGACGGCUCUAGUUUCAGUUUUUUUCUUUUUUUCUUUUUCGGGAGACUUACUUCACAAGUUUGUAAUCUACAACAUGCCUGGUGCUGAUAUGAUGAGCUGAUUUCGGCGUUAAAUUGAUAUACCGUAUGCUAAACGUAGAAUCAUCACAAAGACUCCUCUCAUCUACCGGUCAUGCUAAGAGAAUCAAAUAAUGUUAUUUAUUUGUCGUGAAAUAGAAAACUAAACAAAACC